UCCUUUAAAGGCCGCGGUAUUGGUACCCGUGGUCAGUUUGGGGACCGGUGAGUCGCGGAGUGGGGAGAGCGGGUUGCGGCACUCAAGGCCUGGCUGGAUUUCCGCACCGUCAGAGGUCGGGAAGCUAGAGAGCAGCGGGUGGCUUGCAGAAAAGGAUCUUGUCCCUUCUCCGCCCUCGUGUAGGCCAGGGGCUGCGGGGAUCGAGAGAGGCUUGGCUCGUCCGUCGCUGGGCCCUCUGCUCUCCCCGGGGCCCGGAGGUCGAGAGGAAGCGGCCUGGCGGCUGGGCAGAAAGGACACUCGGACGCCUUCCCCGGGGACCCAGCGCGCGUGCCUGUCCGCUGCGCACGCCCACUUGGCCACCCGCUCUGGUUCGUGUCCUGGAGAUCUCCACGCAGUUCUCCCUGAUGGACAGCUGGUGCUUGUGGUAGGGGAGGUCACAGAAUUCAGUUACAAUGGGGAACGUUUUUGAAAAACUGUUUAAAAGUCUAUUUGGGAAAAAAGAGAUGCGGAUUCUUAUGGUGGGUUUGGAUGCCGCUGGAAAAACCACCAUCUUGUAUAAAUUGAAGCUGGGAGAGAUUGUGACUACCAUCCCUACGAUAGGUUUCAACGUGGAGACGGUAGAAUAUAAAAACAUCAGCUUCACAGUCUGGGAUGUUGGUGGCCAGGACAAAAUCAGACCUUUGUGGCGACAUUAUUUCCAGAACACACAAGGUCUGAUUUUUGUGGUCGACAGUAAUGACAGAGAGCGCGUCAAUGAAGCCCGAGAAGAACUAACCAGAAUGUUAGCCGAAGAUGAGCUCAGAGAUGCAGUUUUAUUGGUGUUUGUGAAUAAACAGGCCCUUCUCCUCCUGGGGCUGCACUCCAUCUCCGCCUCCCUCCAGGACCAGCACUGCGAGAGCCUAUCCCUGGCCGGCAACAUCUCUGGCCUCUCACUGUUGUGGCCUCUCCCGUUGUGGAGCACAGGCUCCGGACGCGCAGGCUCAGCGGCCAUGGCUCACGGGCCCAGCCGCUCCGCGGCAUGUGGGAUCUUCCCAGACUGGGGCACGAACUCGUGUCCCCUGCAUCGGCAGGCGGACUCUCAACCACUGCGCCACCAGGGAAGCCCAGGAAUUAUUUUUAUCAUCAUCUUACAGAAGAGAAACGUACAGCUCAGAGACGUUACGUAAUUUGCUCAAGUACACAUGGUUACUAAGCAGCAGCCCCAAGAUUUGAAUCAAAUGGCCUGAUUCUGGACUUUCCCGUCACCAUGUAUGUGGUCACCUGGAAAGUCGCAGUACCCAGGGCCCACUAUGGUCAGUCCUCCAGGGGUACAGAGACGCCCCUGCAGUUUCCCAUACCUAUACUGGGUUUACACACAGCUCCCAGUAUUCCUCAGAACCUACUAUGUGCCUGACACCAUACUAGGUGCAACACUGAAGAGCCCAUAGACCCACAGGACCGGAGGCUCCCACCCACUUGUCCUGAUGAAUCACACACCCUACAAAGGUUCUUUUCUGCCCAGCCAAGGAGAAGACAGUCCAAUGACAAAGUGGCUGAGCAAAGAGCAGGACUGUCUACCUGGCCUCUCUAUGCCAGGUGACCCAGGCAGAGCCCCUGCCCAUUCAUCCCAGCAGCACCUUCCUGGAAUGAGCAGGCAUGUGUGUGUCAGAGGCUGCCCUUGGGCCCCUUGGCGCAGCCUUGGCUAAGUCUCCCCCGUGGGCUUAAACCAAACAGGGGGAUGGGCUUCCCAGCUGCAGGGCUGCUGCCACGUGCCCACCUACCCUAGUUCAUUCAGAAGCCCCCGAUGGGAGACCCGACAUAACUGGGGACAGGAACCAGGUUCCAACCUUUCUUGGAAGUUAUCUGCUAUGGAAAGAUCUGCUGAGUACAUUUGGACCCUGAGCCUGAUGGGAAGGGAACUAUAUCAUCUAUUUGGGGGAAGAAACUACCCUCAAAGGGUUCUUUUCUGUUCAUUAAAGCAGUCCCCCCAGGACUCUGACUCAGCAGGUGUUUUUCAGAGGCAGGUGGGAGCCCUUCCUACUGUUCCUCUCUCCUCUUCCCUCCAUUCGCAGGGAUCUGGGGCGGGCUGACCACAGUGCUCCCAUGAACACCUGGAGUGUCGGCCCCCAUGCAUCUGCUUUGCGCAUGUGUGGGGAAGGAGGAAGAUACAGGACCAGUUUUAUGGGUUACUUUUGGCUGCACCCACCCCAGCCCCAGAAGAAACUCUGUGGGGAUCUAGCUGCCCCAUGAGUGAGGGGGGUGAGCCACCAAGCGACAGGAAUGUUACUGCCUCAGACACACUGAGCACACACCUGCCUGAGGGCCUUUGUAGCUGCUGUCCCCUCCAGAACCCUCUUCCCCCAGGUAGGCACACAGUUACCUCUCUCACUUCCAUUGGGUCUCUGCCUAAGUAUUAGGACCAAAUUAAAAUAGCACUCCUGUCAGUCUUUAUCUCCUUACCCUGCUUGUUUUUUCUCCAUAGCAUCUCUCACUGGUUAACAGGUACGUCUGUCUGUCUGCACACACAACCCCAACCCCCAACCCCGUAGACUGACAGCAGGGCAUUUUUUUUUAUACGGCAGGUUCCUAUUAGUUAUCUAUUUUAGACAUUAGUGUAUAUAUGUGAAUCCCAAUCUCCCAAUUCAUCCCACCCCACCCCCACCCCCACCCCCGCUUUCCACCCUUGGUGCCCGUACGUUUGUUCUCUACAUCUGUGUCUCUAUUUCUGACAGCAGGGCAUUUAUUUUAUUCAUUACUGUAUCCUCAUCUCCUAAAACAUUUUUUAGGUGGUCAGUAAAACUUGUUGAAUAAAGAGCAAAGUCUUUAUUUCUCCCCACCUAUUACUUCGCUGAGCAGGAGGGGAUCCUGGUGACGGGUCUGCACGGGGAGGAGUUGGGUCCUAAUAGUAACUCAGGCUUCGUGCUGCUGGCUGGUAAGUCUACCUGGCUAUUUGCAAGGCUGGUUUACUCUGGUCCAAAGUGCUUCUCAGCCCAGAACUAUGCUACCCAAGGGGGAACAUAGCCCCCAGGAGAGCAGGAGAGACUGCACAUUUGUAUCAGUGGGACCUGGGGAAUCGCAGUCCAACAGCCCUGACCUCUAGGUCCUUAUAGCCCCCAUGCUGAGUGACACCAGGACUUCCUUUCCUUCCUUCUCCCCUUCCCAACUAGGAAAUCCAGUCCCUCCCCACCCACAGCACCUCUGAAAUUAUUUUUCUCUGUACCUUGUUCUCCUGGCUUUCUGUCUGCUUCUCCCUGUUUUAUUCUCAGUGUCUUUUGUCUUCUGUUUCCUCUCUCUCCCCCUCUCUCCUUCUCCCCUUGUCCCCUCCCUGCUUUUCUUCUCCUCAAAGAGUGAUGGAGUGAAUUGAAUGGGUGGCAUGAAUUUCAUCAAGUGCCCUUCACAUUGCCUGGUACAGAGUAGUGUUCAACAAAGGCCGUUUCCCCCGGCCCCCCAAAUCCUGUACACCCUUCCUUUCCUCCUCUUUUCCCUCCCUACCUCUCUCUUGUCCGUCUACUCCCUAAAACCAAGAGGCCAAUUCCGCUUAGAACUUUCUAGCCUGUAUUUGCGCGUCGUAGCCCGGUCGCCACUCCUGAUUGGCCCUGUGCCUCUGGCCGCACCCCUGCUUGGCUCUUCUCUCCCUCGGACCCCGCCCACCCAGUCUCUGGAGCCCAGGCCAGCGCGCAGGGGCCUUUUCUUUCGGAGGGAGGGGCAGUGUUGUCCCCUGGCCGCUUGCAUUUAGUUUCUCUUCUCCAUUCUUGCAGCCUCUCUCUCCCUUUCCUCCCGUCUCGCACCAAGACUUUCAUUCCCUCCAGGAUUUUCUGGGCUCUUCACGUAAAGGUCAUGUCUGAUGCAGUGUUCCCCCGCACCACCUCCACGCAGCCUUCUGUGAGCGUCGAGGGACGGGAGGAAGGGAGAGAGGGAGGCACUACCGGAGGAACCCAGGUCACAGAGACCAGUGCACCCAAAUGCUGAGAAGGCCAGUUGCCCAGACUGGGGACCGCUGUGGUGCAGUGGGAAGAGCCCUGGGCAGGCGUCAAAACCCACUUCUGCCUCUUAAUGUCUAUGCGACUAAGGAUAAGCAAUUUGCUCGGCCUCAGUUUUCCUAUCUGUAAAACAGGGAGAAUUAGCACCCACAUUGGCAGAUGGUGUGAGACCCAUAGUAGGUGGUAUGGAAUCCUAAUCUGUACCACGGACUAGAGGCAGAAAGCUCUACCCUGCCCAUUCCCACCUGCAUAUCCCCGACCGGCCGUGGCUGGGGUCAGGCCUCUGGGCAUUGGCUGGUACCUGGUCCUUGAGACCAGGAGGGCCAUUGGCUCAGCAGCCGGUCCCUGCCUUGGCUGUGGCCUGGUCUUGGCUGUAGUUGGUGCCCAGUCCUGCCCUGCCCUCUGUUCUUUUCUGAAGGGACUCUGGGGAACUCUCCAGGGCAGGGGAGAGAGGGCGGAUGCUACACUGAGAGUGGGCCUUAGGCAAGUUCCAGGUACCACUGUGACAUUCCAUUUCAUCUCCCAGUGCCUAGCUCAGGAGGUAGUGUGAAUGAGUGAGUGAAUGAACAACCUACUGAGGAAGGUUAUGAAGUCAGAUGGUAUAUGUAAAGCGCCUGGCAGGUGCCUGGCACACAAUCAGCCCUCAGUAAAUACUGCCCCCUUUCCCUGCUGCCUCUUUGACUGUUCUCCUCCCUGUAUUGGCAAGCAAUGUGCUGUAAUAGAAAGAACACUUGAUUUAGAGUCCCAAACACCUGGUUAUGAGUCUUAGUUCUUUCACUCAUUGACUCACGACCCUGGGCAAGUCACUUACUUCCCUGGGCCUCAGUUUCCUCAUCUGUAAAAAGGGAAUAAUGAAUCUGUAAAUUAAAAAAAAAAAAAAGGGAAUAAUGACAUUGCAGGGUGAAUGAGGAGCAAACAAAAUACAUGAAGAAGGCCUUUGGAGAAGCAGAGCACGGUCCGUAAUACUAUCCCUCCCUCCUGACGGCCACAUGCCUCCGUUUCUCCCCUCCUCCAGGCUCAGCACGACUGGCAUGACCCAUGGCAGAUUAAAAUCUCAACCUGAUUUCCUCACUCCCCUACCCCCAUCACCUCUCUGUGAUGUCAUUCGUGGGGGCUCCACUGUGGUACAGCACCAGGGCUUGGCCCACCCCUGCUGCCUAGCUGGCCGACUCCUCGUGUCCAUUAAGCCCCAAUCCAGAUUUCUUUCUCUUUCAAUUAAACCACUUAGCCUCGAAGCCUUUGGCCCUUGAGCCCAGAUUUGCACACACGUCCUAUGAAUAGCUUUGAUUAGAAAGAAAAACCAGAAUUUGGUACAAGUGUUGCUCAGCACUGCCCUGCAUCCAGCAAGUAAGGGAUGCCAGUCUAACCCAAUGCUGUUUCCUGAGAGACUGGGCACAGGCUCAGCUGGGGGGAGAUGGCAGGCGGGCCCCAGCCAGGGCUUAGCAGCUGCUGAUGCCCUGGACUGAAGAUGCCACCCCUUCAUUGGCUCGUGGCUCUCCCUGGCUUGUCUGUACACUCUAUGGCCAGUCUCAGGUUAUUAACCUCUCCCAUCGUGAUGGACACACUGGGUCUCCACAGGACUGGUGUGCCAGCCUUGAGAGGAGAGGGGCAUGGAAAGUCAGAGAAAGAAGGAGCAGCAUCAGGAGGGAUGCCAGGACUGUCCUCAGCCCAGCCCCCACCCAUUGGAGACCAAAAACCCCCCACCUUCCCAGAAGUGUUACUGUGGCUUCAGCUCUGCUCCAACACACACACACACACACACACAUACAUGCACACGCACGCUCCACUCCAAAAAGCUCUUAAUUAAGGGCAAACAUUUGGAAGGGGAUUUUGACAUCCUCUCUCUAGUCCAGUUGUUCACAUCCUUUUCUGAGUCACAGACCCCUUUGAGAAUCUAAUGAAAGCCAUGGUGCCUUUCCCAACUGCAUGUAUAGAACAAAUUUUUCAUUUAAUUUCGAAGUCUCUAUGAACCCUUAAAGCUUCCAGUGGCCUGAGAUUAAGAAUUUCUGAUCAGAUCCAACUACUUCAUUAUCGAUAAAACCUAAGGCUCAGAGAAGGCAAGAGACUUGCCUACAGUCACACAGCAAAUGAGUAGCAGAGCCCAGUCUGAAGCCAGGGUUCCAGAUUACUGAUUCCUUUCCACUCCCCCACGUGGUGUCUCCCUCCCUUUUUUCUCCAUGGUCCCCUUCUCAGUCAGUCCUCUCCUAGGUCCCAGCACAGACCAGAGCACGAAUGUUCCGUAAAAGUGGUUAUCAGGUGAGCUGGAAGGUGGGCCAGCUUCCUUUAGCUGGUUCCUCCCUGCAGGUCCAGAGCAGAUGUGGUUUGGUUCUAGAGACAUGUGAGGGAACUGGGUCAGGGGUUGGCUGGGUCUCUGCCGAGCCAUUCCAGGCUGUGAAUUCUUUUUUUUUUUUUUUAAUAUUAAAUGUGGGUUUUUUCUUUUUCUUAUUUAUUUAGUUAUUAUUUUGGCUGCGUUGGGUCUUCAUUGCUGCACGCAGGCUUUCUCUAGUUGCGGCGAGUGGGGGCUACUCUUUGUUUCAGUGCGUGGGCUUCUCAUUGUGGUGGCUUCUCUUGCUGCGGAGCACGGGCUCUAGGCACGCAGGCUUCAGCAGUUGUGGCACUCAGGCCCUAGAGCACGCGGGCUUCAGUAGUUGUGGCAUGCAGGCUCAGUAGUUGUGGCUUGUGGGCUCUAGAUUGCAGGCUCAGUAGUUGUGGCGCAUGGGCUUAGUUGCUUCACGGCAUGUGGGAUCUUCCCGGACCAGGGAUUGAACUCAUGUCCCCUGCAUUGGCAGGCGAAUUCUUAACCACUGCGCCAUCAGGAAAGUCCCAUGCUGUGAAUUCUAAGAGCUGCGGUCCAAGUAAAGGGCCAAGAGAAGUGUCCUCAGGCUGCAGAGCAGGGGACCUGGAGCACGUCCAGCCUUCCUCUAAAUGCCAGCCAGGAUCUCGACUUUUAACACCACCUCCAGCCAUCUCUGUUCCUCCUCUGCUCUGGAACCCACAUUGUCUCCCUAGUGCCAUAGCAUCAAAUUCAGAUUCCUUUCCCUGGUGUCUCCUCUUGAGAAAAGGAGCUCAUCUCUGCACUGGGGUCAUUGCUCCUGUUCUGUCCCCAGAU